AUGCGAAAGGGACCAUCCGGGAGAUCGUCCUUCCCAAAGGCCUGGACCUGGACCGGCCCAAGAGAACCCGCACCUCCUUCACCGCGGAACAGCUGUAUCGGCUGGAACUGGAAUUCCAGCGAUGCCAGUAUGUCGUGGGCAGAGAAAGGACAGAAUUAGCCAGGCAGCUGAACCUUUCGGAAACCCAGGUGAAGGUGUGGUACCAGAACCGGCGCACCAAGCAGAAGAAGGACCAGAGCCGCGAGUCGGAGAAGCGCGGCGCCGGCCCAUCUUCCACCUCCGAGGCGUUCGCCACCUGCAACCUCCUGAGACUGCUGGAGCAGGGCAGGCUCCUCUCGGUGCCGGCGCCCCCCGCCCUGCUGCCCCCGGCGCCUUCUCGCCCCGUCGGUGCUACGCCCGGCCACGAGCCCCCUUCCCCGGGGCUGCCCAGGGCGGAGAGCCCGCCGGCCACGGGCGGCUUCAGCCUGCAGGUCUCCUCCCUGGCCGCCUCGGCCCCCGCCUCACGCCUGCCCCCCGCGCCCCUCUGCUUCGGCAGCCCCCUCGGGGGGAGCCUGCACAAACUCCCCGCCGGCUACGGGCUGGGGCCGUCCGCCUUCGAGCCCUACACGCGCCUGCAGAGGAAGGACAGUCCGCCGCGCGGCCCCCGGACCCCCAGCCCCUGAGAGCCGCCCGGGCGGCGUCCGGA